CCCUUUCAUUUUGAAGAAAUGAUUUUUCCACUUGUUUCCACUAUUUUUAACAGCUUAUGACAACACUGCAUUUAUAUUGUUACAGUCACUCUGAUGUAGCUAUGUUGUAGAUAGGCUACCAUAGACAAAUUGUAACUGUUGAAAGUAGUAGCUAAUGGGGCUGCUAGUGCCUGAAGCAGGGGCUAGAUACCGUAUUCACCUCAUGUAUUGUCUUCAACAAGGAUGAACUUAGAUUAUUGCAUGGUUGUGGUUUCAUUGGCAGGCUUUGGUAAUCAGGCAAACAAUGAAGGCCCAUUUGACUGAGCGCCCCGCAAGGCUCGCGUAACACCGCGCAGACUCUGGCAAGUUGCUCUUCGUGCAAAUCAACAGCCAGUUGGAAAUGUGCACACUUACUUACAGAAGGUACUGGAGGCUGAGAGUUCCUCUGCAGGUCUGCCAACUCGCUCGCCUGGUAAUACGCUCGCUAGCGCAUUGGACAACGCCCAUGCCUGGCGCAUGCGCGCGGCUCACUGAUGCUGAGUAAGCAGCAAAUGGCGUUAUUCAGGUCGACCAUGGAAGAGCUCCAUGAUCUACCCUAGUGACUAGCAGCAAGAAAGAAACGAUCGCUUGAUGUCCGUGCACACCUCCGGCGAAAUUGAAGACCUUCAGUGAAAAAAUCAGUGCUUGAACUGGUAUAUACUGGUAAGGAGAUAGCGGGUUUAGAGGCUGUAUAAUACAAUAAUGUAUUAGGUUUCCCUUAUAGAGACGUGUCCUUUAUUUGGAGGGUCCUUCUUCAGAGGUUUCACUUUUGAAUGUGUCCAAAAGCUUACAUUGUAGUUGGUGUGUACAUGAUUAAUCACAGCAGCAAAUUUGUUAACGUUUCAUGUGGCAGCAGCCCAACGUUUUCUUCUUUUUGUUGACAUGAAGAUUCUACCAUUAUAGUACAUACAUACAAGUGUUCAUCAUAAACUCAUGUGUUCUGAGCUAUAUGUGUGUUGCUCACUAGACGACUGCAGUAGCCACUGAUGCCACGGCAGUGUUUGGCCCUCGCUCUGCCGUCUUCUCUCCCAUUCCUCCUGACUUUGAAGAGCUCCUCGGCAAGCAAGAACUACCUCCCUCACUGUAUCCUGAUAGUGACGUGGAUGUAAAUGCGGCCCGGGGCUCCACCGUCUCGUUCCAGUUCCAAGUAUCUGGUCAGCCGGAACCAAACGUGGUCUGGGAACGAGGCUCUCAGCGUUUGGCCACUGGCGACCGGGUCGUUAUCACCACUAACGAGGGGGUGACGACCCUAACGAUCCAGGAGGUCACACGAGAAGACGAAGGGCUCUAUGUGUGCUGUGCAAUGAACCAUCUUGGCAACACAGUGCAGGAGUGUCAGAUAACACUACUAGAACCCCCUCCCCCACCCACAGAGGUCAACGGGGUCAUUCUCGGGAGCUACAACUCUGCCCUCGUCUCCUGGUUGUCAUGUGGCGACGGCCCCUGCCCAAUCACUCGUUACCUGCUCCAGCUCCGACGGACUGAUUCCAGUACCAAGUCGUGGACCCAGGUGGCCGACGACAUCACCAGUACAGCGCACGUGGUGGAGAACCUGGAGAGGGGCGUGGCCUACGUGUUCAGAGUAUGUGCCAUGAAUGAGGUCGGGUGUGGGAGGUUCAGUCAGCCCUCGCUUCCGCUCACCAUCACUGACGAACCUGAUUAUGAUUCAGAUGGACCAGAGAUGGAAGACGUUCGCAGAAUAAUUCAACCACUUGCACUGGACUCAUAUCUCUCUUCCUUGAAUUCUUCAUCUCACCAAUAGCAUAACUAAUGGUGUUGUGUGUCUGUGUCUGUAUUGACCACUUUUCUGUGUAUGUGUGUGUGUUAUAAUGCUAAGCUCAACAAAUCUGCAAUGAAAAACUGCCACACAACUAGGCCAGACUUACUGGUUUUGAUAUGGAAGGUUAUUCUGGACAAAAAUAGCUCAUCGCGGAUUGACGUAUUUCAUCAAAAUAGAGGCGAGAAAAACGAACUAAAUGCCCCAUUUUGGAUCGUUUAUGCACUAUCAAGGAUCGAUGAUUGGUUAUCUUGGACCGAUCGUCUUGGACCGGUCAUCUUAGAUCGAUCAACAUGGAUCG